UUUUUCAGGAUCUCAAGACACUAGCUUCGAUCGUUCCCUACCGAGCACGCAAUUGACGUUUUUCUCCCAAAGAGCUCUUCAAGCUCAAGGCCCCAUGACAGACAAACACCGUGACAUCAUUAAAAAGCGCACCCCAGCUUUGGCGAGAGACAUGAAGCCGAAAUACGUCGUACCGUUUCUUAUCCAAUCAAACAUACUGAGCCAAGACAUGGCUGACGAGAUUCUGGGUAACCAUACAAGGUACGAGUCCAGCAUUUUGCUUCUUGAAAACAUCCAGGGAAUGGGAGAUAGAGCUUUCUACGCCCUAGGGGAAGCACUGCGUACAGCGUGUCAUCAAGAGCAUCUGGCAGGGAUGUUGGAACAAGAAGACCGUCUGAUCGAGGACUUUGAAGAGGCGGGAGAUUUUGGCGACAGGACAAGGGAACAAGAACGCACCUAUCACAUGGUGAUCUUGGGUAAGACGGGCAACGGAAAGAGUGCCACUGGUAACACUAUCAUCGGGCACAACUACUUUACCACCUCCUACGACUGUGUGUCUUGCACGUCAAAGUGUGAGUUAGGUACAGGUGCCAGGAGGUAUGACAAAUUUGUAGUUGUUGAUACCCCUGGUGUGAUGGACACUGAACGACCAAAUGAUGAGGCUAUGACUGAAGUAGCUAGGUGUCUUGGUAUGGUAGCGGACGGAAUCCAUGCGAUUCUCAUUGUCUUUCCUUUUGGCUUUAAGUAUACAGAUGAGGAGGAGAGAGCCAUAAAAUCGCUUGAGACGAUGUUUGGUAGCAAGCUGUUUGACUACACCAUACUUCUUUUCACACACGGUGACGUGUUUGAAAAGAAAGCAGCCCCAAGGGGUGACACAUUCCCUUCGUACCUAGGGAGGCAAAGUGACAAGUUCAAAGAAUUGAUUCGGAAAGUAAACGGCCGUUGCGUUCUGUUUGACAAUGAGACAAACGAUGAGAUGAAGAAACUGUCACAAGUCACCGAGCUUGUUGAAAUGAUUGAUAAGAUGCUUAUCACCCAAAAUCUCGAGCCAUACACAAACGAGUUGAUGAAGCCAUUGGCCAGAAAGUCCAAAAAGAUGGCGAGAGAAAUAAUCUCCACUGUGCAGGCAAAUGACGAUGAGGCAAGCGCACAGGCUGAGAUGACAGGUAUCCCAUCUCAGGAGGGCGAGUCAGCUUUCCGAACAGUUCUUGACGAGAUCGGCAGGUCAUUUGGUGUUGAGCAGGUUCUGCCUGAUGAUGUAAUGGAUGGCAUAGAAUAUGCCAAUAGCCACAAACAACCUCUUUCCUCUUAUUUGAGAAAGCGUAUAAAGGAAUCAAUUGUCGAUAAGAGACGGGAGGUACUUGGUACUGGCAACAUUGCCGAGGUGGAAGAUAUCAGAGAGGGUUUGAGAGAAAGGUCUAAAGGAUUCUGUUUUCCUGCAUUGUCUACCGUGAUGGCUCCAAACGGUGAACAUAUCACUAUGGAAUGUUUGCAAGUUGGGACAAGUGUUGUAGUUCCCUCACAGAAGGUUACUAAGCCCUCAGUUGAUGAAGUGUUUUUGUUUGGUCAUGCGAAUCCACAGACAUGUGCCUCUUUCCUCUCUAUCCAAACGGAGUCGGGCAAAUGUAUUGAUAUAUCGGAGGGCCACUUUAUGUACAUCUUAGAUCCUAAGGGUAUGUGCCCUGUACUGACUCCUGCAAAGGAUGUCAGGGUAGGAGACUCCGUCUACGUGGUCGUAAACGCCAGUCUGCCGACCGUGCUUGACAAAGUGGUAAAGGUGGAGCAGGUGCUCCGCCGGGGGCUGUACUGUCCCCACACGUUGUCAGGUACGCUGGUUGUGAACGGGGUGUGCGUGUCCACCUACACGGAAAUGUUGCCUCCGUACUUAGCCCAUCCUCUACUUCUGCCUGUCAGGUGUUUGUACAGGAUGGUACCGGGUGUAUCGAAGGUCUUGAACAUCAUGGAUACGAAGCAAGGCAUUCCGAUAUGGCUCAACUGGCUUCGUCAAGUCUAUGAAAGGUUUACCAUUUAAAUCAUCUCUUAGUAUUUCCACCGUGAAAUUGAAUGUUUCCUAGUUUCAGUAAUUUCGAAAUCAUAAAUAAAUUACCCACGUCAGAAAAAUGUUAAAUUACCCUCCUUUGGUGACCAAGACUUCACCGUGGUUUCGACCCCGUUUUCCCUAACGCACAUGUUUUCCUCUCUUACGAAAUAAAUCUCAUUAAACUUGCUAAAUCACAACCCGCAUAACAACUGUACGUAACUAAGUAUAACAAUUCCUCGGCAUGAUUAUCGCUAUGGACGUCAUUGAAACCAAAACGAUUCGCAUCAACUGGACCCCAAUAGCUUUAUACCGAAUAUCCGAGGAGUGUGAGGAGGACUAAAAUGAUAGUUGGAGGUAGGGUAUAUAGUAGUUAGUCGUUUUACGAUGGUGGAAUUUUAUUUGUUUAUUUGUUUAUUUGAAUUUUUCACAAAGUGAAAGGGAGGGCAAAACAGGUGCUUACGCACCUUUACAAGUUGCCCUCCCUUACAAAAAACAAUGAAUGUGUAAACACACAUGAACAACAACAACAUUACACAGUCAAAUACAUAAUCAAUUGCAGCAAUAUGUAGAAAUAAGCAAUAAAUAUAACAAUAUGAUAUGUUAAGCAUUAAACAAUUUUACCUAAUAAUAGGUGGGAAUACAUCAUGUUGAUAUAGGAACUUAGUAGGGUCUAGAGGCAAUGCAAGAACUGCACCCACAAGAAGUGGUCCAAGUACAUGGCAGGUCAAGACUGUAAUGUGUGUUAAAUCUGUUGUAGGUGGCCUUGAGGAGUUUGUGUUUAAAUGAUGUAAUAUCCGACGAAAUAU